AAUUAUUAGUAGGUCUACUGUAAGUCAAGCUAGAGCGAUUGAACUUCCAUUUUAUACUACAAAUAACCACACUUCUCCUGCAGCACAUUCUCCCAAUUCCUACACGUUUCCCUCAUCUCACCUUAAUUUUCGCUUCCAUUACUUCCCUGUCUUUCUCUCUCCUCAACCUCCGUUGCACCAAAACCUUUUAUAUUUCUCUAUAUUAAGUAUUCGUAUCUCCAUUUCCAUUUUUACAAUCCAAAUCAUUUGUCGUACUUUUAUUGUUAUCCAAGAUGUCGCAUCGCGGUGGUAGUGGCGGAGGCGGUGGUCGAGGUCGCGGUGGAUAUGAUUCUGGUGGCGGUGGUGGACGCGGUGGUGGUGGACGAGGUGGAUACGAUUCCGGCGGUGGUAGAGGGCGCGGUGGAUACGAUACCGGCGGUGGUAGAGGGCGCGGUGGAUACGAUUCCGGCGGUGGUAGAGGACGCGGUGGAUACGAUUCCGGCGGUGGUAGAGGACGCGGUGGAUACGAUUCCGGUGGAGGUAGGGGACGCGGCGGAUAUUCUGGAGAAUCUAGUGGAAGAGGCGGCGGUGGAGGUCGUGGAGGUUUCCGACCACCAAAUGUAGGACUUUUAACAAAGGAUAUAUGGGAGUUAGCGGCGGGUCGUGGUGGUAAUGCAGGUGGUGUCGCUAAACAGACGGAGAACUUGAAAGUAUCGGGGGCUCCGUCGUCUUCGAAGGCGUUGUCACUUCCAAAGAGACCUGGAUUCGGAACGAUUGGUUUAAAAUGUGUUGUUCGAGCCAAUCAUUUUCUCGUUGAACUUGCUGAUCGAGAUUUUCAUCACUAUGAUGUGUCAAUUGAUCCAGAAGUUACCUCUAAGAAAUUCAGCAGAGAAAUACUGAGUAAACUUGUACAGGUUCACAAGGCGUAUUUGGGGAAACGCAUUCCAGCAUAUGAUGGUAAUAAGAGCCUGUAUACUGCAGGACCAUUGCCAUUCACAUCCAAGGAAUUUUCUGUUGAGAUAGAACGUGAAAGAAGAGGAAAGAUGGACAUUCAAAAGUUUCAGGUUACCAUCAAAUUUGCUACUAAGGUUGAUACGCAUAAUCUUCUAGAGUAUCUUUCUGGUCGAAGCUCAGAGUCUCCGCAAGAUGCUAUACAAGUUCUUGACAUUGUUCUUCGUGCUACUAAGCCACCAGAUUAUGCUGUGAUUGGAAGAUCGUUCUUUUCUGUGAAUCUGGGUAUAGGAAAUCUUGGAGAAGGUUUAGAAUAUUGGAGGGGUUACUAUCAAAGCAUUCGACCGACUCAGAUGGGACUGUCUUUAAAUAUGGAUUCUUCUGCUCGGCCAUUUCUGGAGGCGGUAAUGGUUCCUGAGUUUGUUCAGAAUUAUUUGAACUUGAGAGAUCUCUCUCGGCCAUUAUCUGAUGCUAACCGUGUAAAGGUUAAGAGGGCAUUGAAAGGUGUUACAGUGGAAGUGACUCAUGCGGGAUACAAAAAAUCCUGCAAAAUUAUUGGUCUGUCAAAUGAACCAUCAAGCCAUCUGAUGUUUACAGCAGGCGAAACAGAAAUGUCUGUUUUUCAGUACUUUAAAAAUAAGUACAAAAUUCCACUGCGAUAUCCUUUAUUACCAUGUAUCCAAAUUGGACAACCUAAGAGGCAAACUUAUCUUCCUAUGGAGGUAUGCAAGAUUUCAGAGGGCCAGAAAUAUCUGAAGAAGUUAAAUGAGAGACAGGUGACUCAGCUUCUUAGGGCAACUUGCCAACGACCUCAUGAAAGAGAGGAGAACAUCAACAAGAUGGUAAAGGACAAUAAGUUUAGUCAAAAUCAGAUGGUCAAGCAGGAGUUUGGAAUGAAUGUUUCUGAAGUGUGUGCAACUAUUGAUGCUCGAGUGUUGCCCCCACCAAUGCUCAAGUAUCAUGAAAGUGGGAAGGAAAAAGAAGUCGCCCCGGGGGUAGGUCAGUGGAAUAUGAUUGAUAAGAAAAUGUAUGCCGGUGCCAGGGUGGAUUUCUGGGCUAUAGUUAGCUUUUCAAAUCUUGAACAAGGCUUAGUAAAUCACUUUGGAAAUGAUCUGGUUGCAAUGUGUGUUAGCAAGGGAAUGGUUUUCAAUAAGAACCCAUGUGUUCCUACAUGCUUCGCGCAUCCUGCUCAAAUUGAGAAAACAUUAUCAGAAGUAUGGACCCGGACUGGCAAACAGUUGCAACUGUUGAUUAUUAUAUUACCUGAUUCUACAGGAUCAUAUGGAACAAUCAAAAGAAUCUGUGAAACAGAGCUGGGAAUAGUUUCUCAAUGUUGUCAACCCAAGCAGGCUGCCAAGCUUAGCAAGCAAUACCUUGAAAACGUUGCUCUGAAAAUCAAUGUGAAGGCUGGAGGAACAAAUACUGUUCUGAAAGAUGCUGUUCUGAGGCAUAUACCUCUGUUAACUGAUCGCCCAACUAUAAUUUUUGGUGCUGAUGUUACGCAUGCGCAACCAGGAGAGGAUUCUAGUGCCUCUAUUGCUGCGGUAGUUGCUUCAAUGGACUGGCCUGCUGUGACAAGAUAUAAGGGACUUGUUUCUGCCCAGGGUCAUCGUGAAGAAAUAAUCCAAGAUCUUUACAAAAUUGUUGAUGAUCCAAAGAGGGGUAAAGUACAUAGUGGGAUGAUCAGAGAAUUGCUGAUAUCUUUCAGAAAAUCAACCAACACAAUUCCUGACAGAAUUAUCUUCUUUAGAGAUGGGGUUAGUGAAGGUCAAUUUGCUCAUGUUCUGCUGCAUGAGAUGGAUGCCAUACGGAAGGCUUGUUUGUCCUUGCAAGCGGACUAUUUACCCCGUGUAACAUUUGUGGUGGUGCAAAAACGUCAUCACACCCGCCUUUUCCCAGUUAAUCGAGAUCUUACCGAUAGGAGUGGGAACAUACUACCAGGUACUGUGGUGGAUACUAAAAUUUGUCAUCCUUCAGAGUUUGACUUUUACCUAUGCAGUCAUGCAGGAAUACAGGGAACAAGCCGUCCAACUCACUAUCAUGUUCUGUUUGAUGAAAACAAUUUCACAGCGGAUUUGCUGCAGCUCUUGACUAAUAGUUUGUGUUACACAUUUGCUCGAUGCACCCGCUCCGUCUCUGUUGUUCCGCCAGCUUAUUACGCUCACCUUGCUGCAUUCCGUGCUCGUUACUAUGUUGAAGGGACAACAGCAUCAGACAGUGGUUCCGGUGGUGGAAAGGACAUCAAGGACAAAGCAGAACAGGUUGCUAGUAAUCUCCCACAGAUCAAGGACAAUGUUAAGGAAGUCAUGUUUUACUGCUAACAAAUGAUUUCAAAAUCUCAACUCUCUUAAAUUAAAAGUAACUCCAGCUUUCCACGAUUAAACCAAAAGUAAGGACAAUGUUGCUAGUAACAAAUGAUGUUUUUCUAUGUUUGUGAAUAUUGUGAUUUGUGAUCAGUGGCAGUGGCACUCUGGGGGGCCCCUUUUGGUAUAAAAUUUUUGGAAAACGUAAUUGCCAUA